AUGUCGCCAGAGACCAUCCCAGACGAAUCAGUCAUUGCCGGCGGUGAUAUCAUUCUCGUCGUCGGCCAAGGCAAGAAGCGAAUCCAGGUCUCUUCGGAGUUCCUCAUUCAGGCAUCCCCGGUUUUCGACGCGAUGCUGCACCUAAAGUUCUCGGAAUGCAACAGGUUUCAUGAGCGUAAUGAGCUACCAGUCGAGAUCAAGCUCCCAGAAGACGACGGGGUGGCGACCACCCAAGCGUUACGAACUCUCUAUGGGUCAGACCCAGACAUGCUACUCCUCGACCUUGAUGAGAUCCAGAAAGUCGCCAUUUUCGCAGACAAAUACAAUAUGUCGCCUCGUUUUUCCAUGGCUGCCACUGGCUGGAUGAGCUGCGAGCCAGUCAACCUCGACCAAGCUUGGAAGCUGAUGACGGCCUCAUAUUGGUUCAACCUCGAAGGUUCGUUUAGAGCCAUGAGCGAACACGUCGUGGUAAAGAUGAACCACGCACAGAUCUUUCGUCUGGCUCACCAGACUCACGUUGUCGGCCUAGGCCUAAAGCUAGGCACACAUGGGGCAUCCAAAGGGAGGCCUAUGUCUACGGUGCUUCAAAAUUACGGCAGGCGAUCCCGUGGGCAUGCAGCCAGGUUGCCCCAAUCCAUCCAACCACCGGUCUGGUUGAUUGUGUCAAUCUACGCAUUGGCGGGUGCACGGGAGUCUGGCCAUGUCAGAUACAUCGGCGGAGAGGAAGAGUGA